AUGGAGUUUGUGGAUAAUGUGAAAAUGGAGAAAGCAAAUGCAGUGAAAAGAUACGAUCAAUUACAGAAGAUCGGAAACUUCUUCAGGAUUUUCGAGAUAUGUGUAGUUCUGGUCUUACUUUCAUGGUUCUCAACUAGAUUACCAAACGUAAUUCAAAUCUUGGGGCAUUACUUUCAGCAAUUCUGUAUCAUUUUAGUAAGUCCUCGAUUUGUAUUCUUCUUGGGUAAUGCAAUCAUUUUAACACUUUUUAUCAAGUCCGGUAAAAUAUCAAGCAAUGAUGAUUCUUCAGUAAACAGUGGUGGAGAUCAUAUUUAUGAUGAGUUCAUCAAGAAAAGUAACGAAACAAACCAGAAAAUUCAGAAAAACAUUCACUUUUCUCCUAAAGAAGAGAUUGUGUAUGAAGAUAAACAAACAGUAUAUGAAGAGAAGAAGAACUAUACAGUUCCUUCUUCUGAUACUACAUAUGUAUCUUCAACGACCGCCAUGAACACGAACACAAAGAUGACGAAGAAGAUGAACAAGUCUAAGGAUACAAAAUUCAGGAGAACUCAGUCUGGGAUUCCCAAAGGUGUUUCAAAUACUGAGAACCCUAUUAAUAAAAGUGAGUUACGACGAUCAGUGACUGAGAAAUGCCGAAGACCAAACCCACUGGCUGCUGUCGAGGAAUCAGUAGAAGUGGAUUAUGAGCAAGAGAUGAGUAAUGAAGAGUUCCAGAGGACUAUAGAGGAGUUCAUAGCGAAACAGAGACUAUUUCGUAGAGAAGAAUCAAUGGCUAUUGUUCUUCAGUGA